CUGGCUCUGAUCCAAGACAAACCAAAGAGAGCGUGCAGCCCAUCUUAUUGAUUUUACCCAGCCUGCAGAUCUUUUCAUCUUUUCUCCUUCUUCCUAACGGAGACAUCUGCAGAGUACAGACAGGUUCUCCAGUACAUGUAUCCCCGCCUUCUGCUUUGUAUUCCCAGCACAUACUCCGCACACACCCUGUCUGUCUCGAUCUCCCUUACAAUUCCCUCUCCUGCUAUUUCUUCGCUACCUGUAAAAAUCUAGAUCUUAAAGGAACAGCGCACCCAGCUUCCGAAGAGGUGACGGUGACCUUGGCCAGGUUGUGUGGGUACCACUUCCUCGCAUUGUCUGUGUUCUGUACACCGAAAACAACAACAAAGCCUUUUAUCCAUCUCCUGCUGUCACCCGAUUUCCUAUGGCAAAUGAGAGAUCUUCUUUGCAAAAGCUACCAUUGAACUGCAUGGGGAAUUCAAGCACUCUUUUGUACACCAGUGGUAAGUGACUAAAACACUGACUAUGGGGUUGAUUUACUAAACUCUGAAUUGUAGAGAAAUUUAAAAUAUGGCAAAAAUUUAGACUAAAAUAGCCGAGCUAAGAUGGAGAAUAUUCCCAGAUCGUCUAGUUUAGCCUGCAUUUUGGCAUUCAUGCUUCAAUUCAUUGCCGUUUUGGCAUUUAAUGAAUAAACCCUAAUGUAUAUGUAAUGCAUAUAUGGCGUGUGUAUGUUAUAUGUUCACGUGUGUGUGUGCACAUCAUUCUAAUCUGAUUUGCUUUCACUAGGAAAUUUACAUAAAAUGGGUUUGAGGCAAAUCCUUUGUUGGAUUGCAAAAAAAUCUUGUUUCUUAAAAUCUCUGAUAAAGGCUGUUUUUGGUUACAUGCAUCCAGACUUAACCCAACAGCUGCUGAUUGACUACAUUUCCCAGAAUCCUCUGACUGCCAUUGGCAAUAUGCAAUAUAUAGUCCAGUAACAGAUAAAGGAGCAAAGAUAUUUGCCAUUCUGGUCUAUUUUCAAUCUGCAAUGUGAAGAUUCUUCGGUUUUAUAUAUUUUUUUUUAAAUAAAAAAAAUAAAACAGCACUAUUAACCCCUUAAGGGCCAAUAUCUCAUUAUAAUCUGGUCCCUAAUGUCCUUCUUUUUUAACAUCAUCUGCUUUAUACACCUAUUUUUAUGCUGUUGCCAAGUAAUUGGAACAUUGAUUUCUGAUUUAGUUACCUUAAAUACUACACACCUGUUAAAAUAUUAACCCUUUAGGAUCAAAAGCAAUACAAUUCCAUUGAAGAUUCUAUCUGCAAAAUGGCCAUAUUUUUAGGGUAGUAAGCAAGAUGCCUAUUGCGAGCUCAAAUAGAUUCUGUAGGAAAUGUGUCUACUUGUAGCUUAUUGCACGGCCAGCGACUGAAACAGACCAUGAAAUAUUUAUUUGGGUAUCAUCUUCCUCUUGCUCAGUAUUUUUGGCUCUUAGGGGGUUUAUUUACCAAACAAUGAAUUGGAGUGAAUUGAAAACUACACUUUCAAAAUUUAGGAAAAGAUUGUCAAAGUGUAACAACUGAGUAGAAGUGUGUGUGUGUGUGUGUGUGUGUGUGUGUGUGUAUGUAUGUAUGUUUUUUUUGUUUGUUUUUUGCAGUUUGGUUUAUUAAUUCACUGCAAUUAGAUAUUUUGGAAAUAACUCAGUCUAUUUAAAUGCGAUUAUACUCUGAGAGUGGUAAUGGCAUUUAGAGUAGAGAAAGCAUCUGUACUAAUUUCACCCCAAAAUGCAACUGUAUUUAGUUCCACAGCUGUCUCCUAGCUAUGUAGUCAGCCAUUUUGAAGAAGUCCUUUCGUCAGAGGGCUGGCUCAUUAGAGGGAUGUCAGAUCUUAGGAAAGCAUUAGGUGUCCAGGGGUUUUUGUUGUAUGCCACAAUAUCUGUUCGUAUAUGACUUAAUAUUAAUGGAAUUUUACCCAAUAUUUGCCUGCGCAUUUUGCCUCUUCAUCAUUUGCAAUACAGCUGUAAUUCUGAGCACUUGCUAGUCAGUCUAAUAAUUUCAGACCAGCAGGUGUAUGAAAUGGAACAAGAGGGCCAAGCCUGUGAUAUCUUGUAGCUGUGUUCUGUGGACCAAUCAAAUGCUAAGAGAAGCAUUUUGAUUGGACCACAGACAAUGAAACAAUGACACCUCGUGACAAUAGAGAAGGCGGGGGAAUCAUCAGGGGGAACUUGGCCUCACACUGAAUUCAAGGCAACUUUGUGAUGAAGGGAGGUUGUGUAAUUUAAAAAAAAAAUUUUUUAACCAGCAUAACAGAGGGAGAGUAAGUGCAAAGUACCAGUAGGGAAGUUAAAAUAAGUGUUCAAAAACUGGUUUUAGCAACCUUUUUAACUCAAGGCCUAUAUUGGAUGAGAGUGAUGUAGGUAUCCAUCUUUAUUAUCCUAUUUGCAUAUUGCUGAUGGUCACUCACUUUCAUGUGAUCCUGGUGAGAAUUUUGGAGUCUCACACACAGAAAGUAGGCCAUAGUUCUAAAAGUGAAGCCGUCCCCAUGCAAGCAGCAAAAACGUACCACUAGUUGCCAUGGUGAUUGCUCAACUUCUAGAUCUUUUAGCCACUCCUUUUAAAUGUCCUGCAUUGUAUGUCCUUAUGCCCAAUUUGCCACCAAGGCCACGGCUUUAGAGCAGCAGGCAGGAGAAGGGGUGGCAUAGCCAGAGAGGGAGAUCAAAGAUAUCCCUAACUGGCCAGCCCAUCCUCCUGCUGUGUGUGGCUAUGGCCACCAAGGACAAAUUCCCCGGGCCGGCCACUGCAGAGCCGGUGCUAAAUACAGCGAGGCUCUCCCUCAUCUUUAUUACAUUGGAGCGUUGUCGCUGGUUAUCACGGCAGUGUUUUGAUACAUUCCGGUUAGAAAGAGUUCUAUCUCCCUCUGCACCACCAGGAAAUUAUGUUAACCCCAACCUGGCCCAAGGUUAAGCCUGCGGUAGGGAGAAUACACAUUUAUAAAGCCUGUCACCCGACUAUGCCCACUAUCCUCCCCAAAAUAGUCUUUGUCCUCCAACUACUGCCUCUUUUCCCCCACUAUAGCCCCUGUCAUCCCACUACAGCCAUUGUCACCCUCACUAUCCAUCCCACUAUAGUCCCUAAUCCUCUCACUAUAGCCCUUGUCACCCCAUUAUAGCCAAUGAUGCUGACCGUGGGAGACAGAGCAUGGUAAACUCAGCACUGCCCUUAUGUCAGUGUCCUAAACUUCCCUAGUAACAUCCUCUGUAUUGCAUUUGGUUUCCCUGUAAAUUUUAGCUGAAUGCAAACCGCUCUCCUAAUGCACUGUAAACCAAUUUAGCUACAACCAUUCCUCAUCUCUUUAAUAAAAGAAUGACCCCUUUGUGUGCUGCCAAUAUCCAUUUCCAUAACGUCCUCUUGAUCAAGAGCCAAAUCUGUAACUCAUACUGAAGGUCAGGUUCUACAUGUAAGCAAUUGGAUUUAUUUGAUCAGAUUAUGUUUCUAUGAAUAUUUAUUCUGUAGACGCAUUUCACCUUAUUACAGUAUGUGAAGCAUUGUUCAUCACCAAUUCCCUAAAUGUCUUGUUUACCUGUUAUGCAGAAUAUUUUAUAAAUGUAAUGUCACAGGACCCUUUAUAAAUUCUGUUCUGUCUUUAUACAAAUAGAGAGGGGACUCACGGGAACAAAAUCCUUUUGAUAUCGCUGGUGAUUUAGAACACUGGACACAUCAUUCUGUGUCCCUCUUGUAUUUACUGCUAACAGAAUACAUUAAGCCCUGAAGAAUCAAAGUUAGUGAUCGCAAAAUAAGUUCAGAUUUUUACAUCAAAUACUGUUCAUAAUGAGAGAUUUCUCUGUGAUGUUAUUUAGCCUACCUUUACGUGCCCCUGCCUGACACUGACCGCUAGCGAGAACAUUUUUUUUUUAUGUACAGUUUGUUUUCCUCUGUAUUGCAGGUCUCUCCAGUAGUAGAGAUAAUCCAGCUGGAAGAAAAGAAGUUUCUAUAACUGCACCUAGAACAUUGAGUGAACUAUCUCUGUCUGGUCUCCUGGAUAAAUUACAUGUCAAUCAAACUGACAUGCACAAGUAAGACAAUGUUUUAUACGAAGUGUGAAUAACCUUCUCUAGCAAAUAUUGCGGUGUGAAAAUCUAUAUCUUUAUGCAUGUAAUGUAAAGGUCAAAACUGUUUCUAAAACAAACUGUACUCCAGGUUAAAGGCACUAAUAUAUUGUCACCAGGGCCGGCCUUAGGCAAUUAGGCGCCCUGUGCAAAAAGUCUUCACGGCGCCCCCCCCACCUCCCACCAAGUUGCCUGAAUACAGUAACACACACAGGCACCGGGGACGUGUGUAUCACGAGGCAAACAAGGCAUCUGCCUUGGGCGCCACUUUGCAGGGGGCGGCAAAAAAAAGCAUCCCUCCAAACCCCCAGGCAGAUCCCUUGCUUGCCUCGCAUCCUGGGGGGCUCAAGAGCUGACCGGCUGGCCACUUUUGAGCCCCCCCAAGGCUGGCAGCGGGCAGCGAAGGAGCAUACUCACCUGAGCUCUUCCUGCUCAGCUUCCUCUGCGCCGCUUAAUGAAGCCGGGAGCCAGAAUAUGACGUCAGUCCGGCUCCCGGCAUCACUAAGCGCUGCUUACUCAGCCUGUGCGCCCCCUGCCUGCCUGCCCAGCAGCCACACUGGACUGCUGGUAAGAAAUCCACUCCAGCUUUCCCAGGGAGGCUGGGUGGAUUUAAAAUAAAUGUAAAAAAUAUUAGUUUGUGAGUGUUAGUGGAAAUGUCUGUGUGUGUGUCUGUGAGUGUUUAUUUUGAAGUGAAUGUGUGUGUGUGUGUGUGUGUGUGUGUGUCUGUAAGUGUGUAAUUGUGUGUGUCUGUAAGUGAAUGUGUGUGUGUCUGUGAGUGAAUGUGUGUGUUGGUCAGUGAGUGUAUAUGUGUCAGUCAGUGAGUGUGUAUGUCAGUCAGUGAGUGUGUAUGUGUCAGUCAGUGAGUGUGUAUGUGUCGUCAGUGAGUGUGUAUGUGUCGUCAGUGAGUGUGUAUGUGUCGUCAGUGAGUGUGCGUCUGUCAGUGAGUGAGCGUCUGUCAGUCAAAGUGCGGCCUUGACAGGAAGGGGUGGGGGAAAUUUAAACUCGGUUACAGGCAUGUACACACACACUCAGUUAAAGGCAGUCACACAUACAGGCACAGGCACAAACAAUGGCACAGCUACAGCGACACACACAGACAGACAGUCACAUAGGCAGUCACACACACAGACAGACACACAGUAACACACACAUAGACAGUUAUACACACACAGGUAGGCAGUCACACAGAUAGAAAGUCACACACACAGGCAGGCAGUCACACACAGACAGAUAGUUACAGACAGACACACACAGGCAGGCAGUCACAUACAGGCAGUCACACACACAGGCAGUCACACACACAGACAGACAGUCACACACACAGACAGUCACACAGACAGACAGUCUCACAGUCACAUACAUGGGCAGUCACACAGACAGACAGUCACAUACAGACAGACAGUCACACAGACAGACAGUCACACACCACGGGCAGUCACACACCGCGGGCAGUCACACACGGGCAGUCACACACCGCGGGCAGUCACACACACCGCGGGCAGUCACACACACGGGCAGUCACACACCGCAGACAGUCACACACCCGCGGGCAGUCACACACACGGGCGAGGUCACACACCCGCGGGCAGUCACACACACGGGCAGUCACACACACGGGCAGUCACACGCGGGCAGUCACACAGACACGGGCAGUCACACACACGGGCAGUCACACAGACUGACAGUCACACAGACUGACAGUCACACAGACUGACAGUCACACAGACUGACAGUCACACAGACUGACAGUCACACAGACUGACAGUCACACAGACUGACAGUCACACAGACUGACAGUCACACAGACUGACAGUCACACAGGCAGACAGUCACACAGGCAGACAGUCACACAGGCAGACAGUCACACAGGCAGACAGUCACACAGGCAGACAGUCACACAGGCAGACAGUCACACAGGCAGACAGUCACACACAGAGACAGUCACACACACACACAGAGACAGACAGUCACACACACACAGAGACAGACAGUCACACACACACACACAGACAGACAGUCACACAAACAGGCAAACAGUCACACACACUUACCUCUUUCCAGUGGAUGCAGUUGGCUGAUGGGGAAGCAUCUUUCCCUCUUCCUGUACAGCAGGGGCUUCGGGAGGUAUUAGCCCCGUCUCCGCCUCUCGAUAAGCCCCGCCUCCGCCGCUCGGUAAACCCCGCCCCCUCUGCCGCGAUUUUUUUUUUUUUUAAAUAGACCCGGGUGGAGAAUAAUUAAUCCUCCAGCCAGGUACCUCUUUUAGCUCCCCUGCACUCCGGCCAUGAGUGAGCUGUGUCGGCCACAGGGCGCCCCCUGUUCCAUGGCGCCCUGUGCGGUCGCACAGCUCGCACACCCCUAAGGCCGGCCCUGAUUGUCACUUUCUACUGUCCCUAGACAGGAGCUAUAGCAUAUUCAGAGAACUUGUGAAAUAACGGAAAACUAAAAUAUAAAAAAUAUUUUUUUCUUUUUUCAAAUAUCUCGUUCACUUUAUGAUCAACCAUGUGUAAUGGAAAAGCUUUAGAAAGGGUAUUUGGGGUGCCCCGGAAACAGAGUCCUAGGACCGAUAAUGGAGAUUCUAUGCAAGUAUUGAUGCACAGAAUCUAACUCAUUGGCUGAGAGCUUUCAGCCAACAGAGUGGCAGGAUUGGUAUCAAAGCAAAAAAGAAAUGAUGAUGACUCUGAGAACGGACAAAAGCUUAGAGUAAACUCAAUAGCUUGCUUUUCGGUACAUUCCUGCUCAGGUCUCAAAAUAGGUUUUGCUCACUUACACCAUUACAGAGAGAACAUAUCUGAAGCCUAUCAGACUGAUCCCACCUGUAGGGGCAGUCGAGAUCCGAAAUGCCAGCAAGUUCCCUCUGCACGAGAGAUACAGCAACCCCAGACUAUCGUUUCAGCCUUCUUCUGGGCCUCGUCAGUGAGGUGUAGAUGAUAUCCCUCUAGGCACAGUGAGCACGGGGUCCACCUCUGGAUUACCCUUUUAACUUGGGAGGGCUCUGCAAAUGCCAGGUGUCAAAAGACAUGGCAUCCGAAAGGAUAAGGUAAGAGGGCAAAUCAUUCUAAAACGGCUUGCCCAAUAACUGGGAACGGCUUCAGGGUACAUUCAACAUCAUAACCACUAAUGUGGUUAUGAUGGUUGGAGUAACACUUUAAAUAGUGUGGCAGGACAUGGGUUGACCUUAGACUGACUAAAAGUGGACAACGCUAGUCUUGUAGUAUAGAAGCCACCCAAAAACUGUCUCAGUACUGAUCGUAUUGUCUCCAUUACUUCUACAAACCAUGCUCCACAGCAUAUGUGGCAAUUCUAAAAUUUUAUUUUUGGAGCUGAAUUUGCGAAUUCCCACGGACUGCAACAUGAAAUAAAUCCAACAGAUGCCAAAUUAAUCCAUGGAGUACUUCAAGCAAGUAAAUGUAUAUUUUUUUAGUUUGUUUUUUUUUCUUCCUAUAAUUAGUAAGGUAAUUUUAUAAUGGAAUUAAUUAAUCAGCACUUAGCAGCUGGCUAAAAAAAAUACAUGUGUAAGGAUUUGAGUUAUCUUUGACCAAAUGGGCUUUACAAUGAAAGUAAAUUGCUUUACAAGAGAAAUCAAUUUGAAAAUGUCUGUUUUUGCCAGACAAUCUGUUUUCUUUGACAAAGUACACAAUCACAAAGCAGUGUACAUCUAGGAGUUGGGGGAUGGAAGGACUGCAAUAAUGCUAAGUUUGGUGCAAUAAAAUGUCUUCUGCAUAUUUUUUACUGGCAUCAAACACCCCCUGCAUAAUCCAAAGGAUUUGUGCCUGGACUUGAGUAAAUUGAUGCAAUCUUCCCUGACUUCAAAAUUAAAGGAUAUGAGUCAGAUGAUGAACAGAAAGCUUGGCAUACAGCGUGGGGAUCUAUUAAAUAUGUCCCAAUCUUGUGCAAUGACCUCUGUGUUAAUUCAAGGUCAUUUAAUGGGUAAAGAGAAUCAGUCCUGCUUUUAAUGUAUCUUCAUGGAAAAACAGACGUGGAGGUCAGAUCAAACUACAUUUCAUUCUGGCUUUUUUUGACCUGUCUAAACAUAGCUCCUUUUAAGGACAUCAGCAUGUUGUCUUGCUUUGCCCAGCGUAACAGCUGCGCGUUUGGCGAUAGUUGUUGUUGUUUUGUCAUUUGUAAUGGUCCCUGGACCAACACAAUUAUACACUUUAAAUGAUUCUUUAGCAAGGAUCCACCUUAGAUUAAAAAAGACAUGGGUAUGACUCAAAGAGAAUGGCCUACAAAGAACCUUCAGCCAUGCAAAAUGUGUGGUUUGGCUACAAAUAAAAAUCAGGCUUGUGGUCGUUGAAUAGCGGUAAAAGUUGCUGUGAGGUUGUGCUGUUUGUUUUCUUCUUUGUAGGAAUAUGUAGCAUGGAAUCGUUUUGAUAUCCUACUCCUUCUCUAACUUCUCAUUGUCUAUUUAGAAUGCUCACCUACCAUUAUGUAGGAUCGCAUUGUGUUUUUAGUAGCGGGAACAUCUUCCAUAUACUGGACAUUUGUCCACACAUCCUCACUAUAUAUUUAUUAUGACAUUUUACCGGUGUAUUUGUUCCUUUGUUCAAUCCUGUUCUCCUUUUCCUACUGAUGUCAAGGGUUUCAUUUUUAAUCUCAAUUUACCAUUGAUUAAAUUGUGACUCUGUAUUAAAAUGAUUUUAGGACAUGGUUUCCUUCACCAAGUGUUUGGUCUUAUAUUUCAAUGGAUUUUUUUUUUUCUGUUUAGUUUUCCAAUUGUAACGCGUUUCAUUGAAAGUUUAGUUUCUGUUCCUCUUGUAGCAGUUCACUAAAUUAGAAUAAAGAAGUUAUUAAUAUCUCGUUAUUGGGUAACUUUGGUUUUUGUUUUUUUUUCUGGUUAAUUCCAUUUGCCUCUAGUGGAAUAUUUAGAAAAUAAUAUUCUAUUUUAUUUAUUUGUUUUUAAUUUUUUUUUUAAAUUUUUUUUUAUCAAAGCAGUAAGGUGGGUGGGGGUGUCGGGUCAUUUUGUCUCUGGUUUACGAUGUUCCACUUCUGCUAUUACAAAGGACAGACCAGACAUUGAAGGCAGUUUGUCCAAUCUCGCAAUAUUCUGCUCUGGAGACUUUUAUGAUCAAAAUAACUUUUAUUAUAAGGUACACUGUGAUUAAAGAGUACUUUACACAUUAGUUAAUAACACCAUAACUAAUGAUAAUCUAUCCAUAUGUUAUAUUCCAUAAACAUUGUUAACCAAGUAAAAUAAAAAUUGGUUGGUAAGUAGCACAGUAUUUGAGGGCUGUGUGUCUCUUUGCUCGAAGUAGUAUGUUGCUGAAUGUAGGCAUAAAGACCGGUUGAGACAUCUAUACCAAAUGUUUCAAUUGGUUGAUUUAAUUCUCUAAUAAAAUAAAAGUUCUGCAGUCCUUUCUCUCGAGGACUCCAAGACUGAUGCUAUAAAUGUAUAAACGUUGUAGUCCACUGACAAAUCCAUCACUUGUAUCCCCAUUGUGUUGGGGUUGAUGCUGUAGACGUUGUAUUAAUGAUAUAUUGGCUCAUGUUAGUCCACCCAUUGUACAGCGCUACGGAAUUUGAUGGCGCUUUAUAAAUAAUAUCUAUUCUAUAUAAAAUGAGGUUUUGUGCUCUGCAUUGUCGAUGGAAGUCAUAUUACUAAAGAGCUUUUCUUCUAUUUUUUAAAAGGUGGUUGCCAUGGUAACUGCCAAAACAGAAUGCAUAAUUAACUUCUGGGAGGGGGGAUUCCCCCCCUUAAUCAAGGAAAGUUUCUAUCAGUUCCUCUUCUAGAGGUUGACAAAGAAUAAUAAAUGUGAUUAGUUCCUAUACUUCCAGAUCAAAAAUAUCCAACACUUUAAAAGGGUCUAUAUGUUUAUCCCUGUUACUUUGCUUCAGCUUACAUUUUAAAAAGAUUUUUAAAAAUCCCAGUACUUUUAUUUCUUCAGACAUUCCCCAUGUGGGGCCUGACCAAUAUACACAUUUGGAUCAACUUCUACAAAAUGGGAUAGAAUCUUGUACUUUUUACGUGCCUAUGUCAAGGAAAGUGGUUGAGCCAGCAGGGGUAGGAAACCUUCGGCACUCCAGAUGUUAUGGGCUACAUUUCUUACCCCCCCCCCCUUCGAUGCAUUGCAUUAUGGGAGAUCAACAAAAAAACAAGGAUAGUACUAAACACAGGUGAAAUUAAAGUUCCUACUUACUACACAGGAGCACUACAUAGAUGAUCAAGGCAUAACGUUUAUGUUCUAUAAACCUAAACUUUAUCUUAUUUGCACCACACUGUGAAGCCUAUGGAUUUGUACCUUUUUUUUAAGCAUUAUGGGAGAUGCAGUCCACAACAUCUGCAGUGCCUACUCGUGUUUUAGAAUAUUUCUCCAACACUACCCAUGGUAACUUAGGAUAUAAAUCGAAGUCUUUGAUUAACUAAUACGUGAAAUAAUAAAAAGACUAGACCUCUCAUUAUGUGAACGAUGUACUUCGAUAUCUAUACCCUAUUCAUUAUAAUAAUGGAUAAUCAUGCAUGAGUUGCUGUUGUGUCCUCCUCUGACAUCCUAUAUAUUUUGAUUUUCAGAAAUUCACACAAACCAGAGUAACGCCUUCCCUGAUUAUUUUGGUUACGUUCGAAGCAAUAAUGAUACCAGCUUGCUGGUGUCCCCACUGGUUGUGGCUGGGAUAGUAAUAGGUCUGGUCCUCUUUCUAUCCUGUGUUACCAUAAUCAUCGGGAGUUUGAGAAAAGAUGGUGGAGUAAGAGAUUGGCGCAUGGAGGCAGAACCGAGUUACGGUAUGAUAAUCAAAAUUUCAGCUUCUGUUUUUAAUGGGAAAUACAGUAAAUCUGAACUGUAUUGAAAGUACAAAACAAAGGCCUGUUUCACUUCCUUUCGACUGUCCAAACACUGUUGUGAUUUAAUAUCUCUGUUCCACAUCACGAAUUACAGAAUGCCUUUGUAAGCACAGGUAUCUGAUCCAAAAAUGCUUUCUUUAGAUUAAUAUGUGAAUCUCAGGAUUUUUUUUAUAGCCUACUUAUGAUUAAAUCUCUCUAACCAUAAGCUUGUCUACAAGCUUAAGUUUCCUCAUAGAAACAUAGAAUGUGAGGGCAGAUGAGAACGACUCAGCCGAUCUAGUCUGCUCAAUUUUCUGAAUACUCUCACUAGUCCCUGGCCUUAUCUUAUAGUUAGGAUAGCCUUAUGCCUAUCCCACGCAUGCUUAAACUCCUUUACUGUGUUAACCUCUACCACUUCAGCUGGAAGGCUAUUCAAUGCAUCCACUACCCUCUCAGUAAAGUAAUACUUCCUGAUAUUUUUAAACCUUUGCCCUUCUAAUUUAAGACUGUCCUCUUGUUGUGGUUUAUUUUUUUUAUUUUUUUAAAUAUAUUGUCCUCCUAUCCCCCCUGUCUCAUCUUUCCUCCAAGCUAUACAUGUUAAGAUCCUUUAACCUUUCCUUGUAAGUUUUAUCCCGCAAUCCAUGAACCAGUUUAGUAGCCCUUCUCUGGAGUUAUGGUAUCCAGUACUGUGUACAGUACUCCAAGUGAGGUCUCACCAGUGUUCUGUACAAUGGCAUGAGCAUUUCUCUCUUUAUACUGCUAAUACCUUUUCCGUGUACAAGAUCGAUAUCAAUAGGAAAACUUUUUUUUUUUUUAUCUGACAUUUUGAGGUAUAAAUGCAGGAUACGGUGUGACACAGGCCAGAAGGAGGCACGUAGCAUGCCAGGCUCACUAGGCAGUCCAACGUUAGUUCCCCAUGCACAGAGCGCUCCUGAACCACAAAGCUCUUGCUAGGGUAACUGGUCAUUAAUGUUGAGUAUGCCAUUGAUUGAGUGACAGGACGGCUGGUGGUCCUCUUAGGUCUAUGCUAAGAAUUGAUUGACAGGUGGGGAUGGGACGACUUACUGUUGGAUUGACACCAAGCUUUGAUCGAAAAUAAAGAUUUUGUAAAAAACAAACUGGGAGAGUUGUAAGUGUGAAAUGUAUACAUUUGUUAGCAUUUUUUUAAAUGUUCUGUUCUUUUUAUAAACCUAUCCUGUGUAUAUUUAAAACUGAGGGUUAAUCGAUCAUUAGACUUCCCUAUUUAGUAAAUAACAUGGAACUGGGUAAUUCUUAACAUUCCAUCCUUGUUAUAAGCUCCUGCCUUUGUCAUUGAACACAAUACAUGGAGGUGAAGACACAGAAAUAAAGCUUCCUAUUCUCCAUGCUACAUGCGUCAUGGCUGUGCCAAGACUCACCUGGAUUGUGACCCCCAACAACCAAAUCUUUAAUGUACAUUUAAAAUGAAACAUGGCAUUACAUGAAAAAAAAUGAACAAACGUUUAUAGGUGAUUUUCGAAAAACAAAUUCAAUGGUGCAAUUCUCUGUAAAGUGCUGGCUCCCCUUUAAUUAAAACAACCAGUUAUUUACCCAAAUUCCCAGCUUUAACCCAGAUUUAAUGCUACAACCACUUGUUUCUUUAUUUAUUACCAGAUGGGAUUUCCUAUGCGGUACCUGUCGGAGAUUUGAGAUCUGUAUGCACUGGGGAUCUUACACCAUCUUUUGAAUGUGGCUCGUAUCUGGAUUUCAAUGUUGCCUAUAUGGACUCUCCUCCGUGGUAAGUGUUAAAACGUUGUGACAUUUCAGCCACAAUCAGCCAGGAAGUAUUUUUCCUCUGUAGAGAGUUGACAUGUACCUUGUUGAUCAUUAAAAAAAACCAAUGGCAGAGCCUAAACUGCAUAUGUAGCAUUCACUUAGCAACCCAUUCUUAAAAAUCAAUGAACCAAUCUUCAACCGCCACGUCAUCUGUAAUAAUAUUGAUUCUGAAAACGACCUUUAGACCUUUCCUAGUGUCAUAUAGUCUAUGCAUCACUAGGGAAGUCAUAGCAGUAAACCAUUUAUUGAGUGGGACCCAUUUAAAAUAAGGUGCCUGGAGUGACACCAAUAGCUUAUGUAACCAGAUUUGGUUCUUGACGAGGGCACUAAACUGUUGUUAGAUAAACUGUUGGUAGAUAUAGCUAAAACUUAUUUUAUUUGUAUUAUUUUAAUGUACCCACGUAUGGGUUGGCUGACUUUUCCACUACUGAUUAGUUUUUCUUCUUGUUUAAAAAGAUGUUUCUGAGUAUUUCUUCGUUGGGAAUUUUUAUAUCAACUGGAGGCUUCAGGUUUUAUCCAAACCGUCUCAAUCUGAGUGCAACAGAAUUAAAAUGAGGGGUUUCUUUUUUUAUUUACGUACCUUAUCUCCGCGCCAAUGUCCCUCUGUGCUGGGUCAAAGCUCCACCUCCGUCCUUUGACAAGCAGGCACUAAUGUGCAUGCACAGUUCAGGCCGCGCGCAUUAGACAUCCCCAUAGGAAAGUAUUGAAUCAAUGCUUUCUUAUGGGGGGGAAAAUCUGGCGCUUGAUAUCAUGUAGAGCGUGAGGACAUCCAGCAUCAGAUACCAGAUAAUACAUUCGUUUGGAUGCAGGAAGUGCCUCCAGUGGCUGUCUGGGAGAGGCAAGCUUAGUGCUGCAAUGUAAACAUUGCAGCUUCUCUGGAACUACAAGAUUUAACAUUGCAGCACUAAGGGCAAUAGGGACAUUGCACCCAGACCACUUCAAUGAGCUGAAGUGGUCUGGGUUCCUGUAGUGUCCUUUUAAGUAGCUAAACUGGAAACAUGCUCAAGUCGGUUCUGUUACGCUAUCCUUAUAUUUGAUUCUGAAUUCUCACUAUAGUAAAUAACACUGUCAUUUGCAAAAUCCAAUAAACAUAAUACAUGAGUUUAUAUAUUUUUUUGUUGUUUUACUUCCUUUUUUCUUGUAUUAUUUGAGUCAGCCUGUAUGUCACUUGCUAUAAAUGGCAGAUUUGUAAAUACUGUGUGGGUGAAACUAGUGACUCCCCCAGUACAAUAUGUAGGCUUAGGAUAAGUUUAGAAAUGAGAAGUUGAAUGGCAGAGACUGUCACGAGAUCUUGUAGUGAAUGGCAGAGAGACUGUCACGAGAUCUUGUAGUGAAUGGCAGAGAGACUGUCACGAGAUCUUGUAGACUAUUACAUUGGCGAUAAAAAAACUCAGAAAAGGUUGCACGGGAAACCAAUAUUUUGUUAUACCCACAAGUGACAAGAUGUUCCUCUAAUGUCAGAUUGCAUUUUUUUUUUGUUUUUUUUAAUAUUCGAAAGACUGUGGAACUAUGAAAGUGUCCAUGAAUGCUUACAUUUUUUAAUUCCAUUUUUGUGAUUUCUAAAGGAACGCUCUAAACACCAUAACCAUUAUAGCCCACUGUAAAAGUUAUGGUACCAGGAGUGCCCUGGCAAUCACACUGUAAAUAGUCAAGCUGUUUGGUAAAGGUCUGACUGUUGCCUUGAAUCCGUCCGGCACUGUUACAUUGGUGGGUGCCAGAGCACCAUAACUACUACCAAGCACUGUAGUGGUUAUGGUGCUUGGAGGGGUCCUUUAAAGGUGGGCACUUUAGUCACCCAGAAGUUUGUCUCAAUUAAGUGGUCUAGGUGCAGUGCACCAGUCUGAGAAACUGCAAUAAUCACAUUGCAGGACAAAGACUGCCUCUAGGGCCUGUCAAUCAGGCAGCCACUAGAGGCACUUCCUGGUGGUUAAUGCAUUUUUAUUCGCCUAACUGAUGCUGGACAUCCUCGCUGUCUGCAUAAGGACAUCCAACAAUAGUAAAAUUCCCCUGAGGAUUGACUCAGUGCUUUCCUAUGGGGAGGGCCUAAUACACUUGUCACGCAUGCACAUUACCCGUCCAAGCAAAAUGGGAACUGGUGUACAUACCCGCAUCAGUGAAGUGGACUGUCCUGAACAGGAUGAACUGAUGCUGAGCCUUUUCACACUUUACAAUUGUUUUGGACACCUCAAUGACAACUAAUGGGGAAACGGCAGUGGAUCUUGAAAGCUGGAUUUGAAGAUUAAAAUUGGAGAAACAAGGAUUUAAGUUACCUCUUCAGAUACAGCUUGUUCACACCAUAACUAUUCUAAUGGUAAUGUAGUGAUUUAAGAUCCGUGUAGUGUCUCUUUAAAGGUUACAAAAUGAGGGGGAAGUGUUUAGCAGAAACAAUGUGAAUAUGGCGUCCAUUAAGCAGACAGCUCUCGGGCCCCAGGCUGUGUGCAGUCUAUGAUUAAGGCAUUGAUCUGUGGGACAAACCAGGUCAAUAAUAAUUAACUUAACAUACAAGAGACAGACUGACUUGAUCUGACGGUGCGAGUAUUUUUAUGUUCAGUGAAGUUUAAUUUUAUUAGAUUUAACGAUAAUCGGAAAUAGUUGACUUUGAGCAAAUUCUUCUAAAGGUAAAUUGCUCCUGAUUUGCCAAAAUAAGUGUCCCCAUAACUAAUUCAGUUUUGGGGAGACUUUCACUUAUCAAUCUGCUUUAUUUAAUUUAAAGAAUAACUAUGGGGUGAAAUUGUAUUUCAGGAUUUUAAUUUGAAUUCUGCAGGUAUGGUUAUUUAAAAUGUGCAUACCUCCCAUCAAUUCAAAUUGGGAAAAGAGGGACACUUUAAUUUUGGGGUGGGUGGUGUGGACAGGAGGUGUGCUAUUCUUUGUAAUUCAUAUUUUGUCAUGACAGUCAAAAUUUGUCAGAAUAAUGUAUUCAAUGAUAAUAUAGAAUAAGAGCAAUGUAUCUUAAUUACACAGACUGAUUUCUAAACAUGUUUAUUGUAGUUCUAAAGACCCAUCGCUGACUGUAAACAGAGCUUCUCAAGCAAUAAUACCCGGACACACCAAGAAAACCGCUCCUGGAAAAGAGGGUAAUUAGGAUAGAAAAGAUGUAGAGAGGUAAUUGGGCCCGAAGUAGGGAUUGUCCCUUCAAAUAUGGACACUUGGGGGGUAUGCAGUUUUGAAAGAUGUGAACAUCCAUUAUCUUUCCCUAGAUUUCCUCUUAAUGGGACACUGUAGGCACCAUAACCACUUCACAAAAUCCAAGUAAUAGGUGCAUGGCCCCACAUGACUGUUCACUGUUUAGCAGACAUACUCCGCCCUCAACAGCCUGCAGUUCAAUGAUAUUGUACGUUAGGCCAUACUUAUUCAUACCAAUGAUUGUCUGAGAGCACUCAGCAUAUCACUGAAUGGCAGGAAGGUGAGCAUAGCUCUACCGCUGCCACUUGGUCAGUGGAGGCUCAGAAUCUGUGAAUCUCUACUAAUUGAGUAAACCUUUUAGCAGUGAUGCGAGACCUGACAUCCAUGGACUCCCGGCACCAUAACCACUUCAGUCUAUUGACAUGGUUAUGGUGCCUACAAUUUUUUGCUUUAAGUUCAGCUAUUAUCAUAUAUCACAAUUUAUAGGUAUUGUAAUACCGUUGCUGGAUAAUGGAUAUAAUUAGUUAUAUACAGAAAAAAAGGCAGGUGUAGGCGCUCGCUAUAAUGUGAACAGGCAGCAGUAAAUCUAAAAGGAUUCCCAAACCUUGCGUAAGAUACAGAAAUGUGAUAAACCGCACCAAACAAAACAAAAAAAAAUCACACGGGUAUAUUUAAUCUUAACAAUAACCCAAUAAUGUGUAAUAAUUAAAAAAUCCAGUACCAGAAAAACCUCAAAAUUAAACAGAACUACAACAAAAAAGUGUAAUGUCUUAAUGGUUUUACAGAGAGCUAAGUAUAUAGGUGUCUAACUCACACUUUUCUGAGCUACUGAGAGUUCUGCUGUUUAGCGCUUUGACAGAACAAUCCCUGUCUUAGGAAAUAUAUAUAGAUGCACAAUUUUAUGUGUCCAGUACGACUAAAGCAGAGAGGGUUUAAUAGUGCAAUAUGUUAAAAUAUAUAAGGUGCACAAAAGCAAAGUAUCCUGCUUAUACUUUGGAGAGCAAUAAACUUGCUCUGGUGGUUUAUUGUAGAAUGAAUAUGUAUGUAAUAUUACAAGUAAAUAAAAUACAAUAAUAUAUAGAUAUAAAGAACGUGUCUAAGGUCACACUUUACGCGUUUCUCCCAGCAGGGCUUCCUCGGUGUGGAUGAUCCUCAAAAUGUCCAAGUUUAUAUAGGAAGUUCGUCUUUGAUUAGUGGAAUUAGGUGUGCUGAUUUACUUCUUGGUUCUUUGGGUCACCUGUCAUUCGGAAGUGGUAUAUAGAAGAACUAUUUAUCUAAAUACUUUUUACAGAUUUAUACUUUGUAUAUGCUAAUGUGAUUUAAAAAGAUAUAUAUUUGUCUCGAAUAUCUUAUAUAAAUGUAUUAAAAAAAAAAAGUGUUCCUUUUCCUUAUACCCAGGUGCUUUGCUAGAGUGCAAUCUAGUCUGUGUUUAUAUAUUGUAAUUACAUAUUACCGCAUUAAACAUUAUAAUAAUAAGCUCUGGGUGAACAGAUAUCCAGAUUCUCACCAAAUACUUUGUUCCCUAAUAGUGAACCUCUAUUACUCUAAAUAAAGCAUUGAUGUAUAUCUUGGCUAGGGAUUGUACAGUGACAAACUAUAUAUGAAGCUGGCCAGGAAUUAAACCAUUGCUUUACAGGGAGGACUAUAAAAGACCGUCUCAGGUAUAUGGGAGACCGGAUCACGGCGUGUACCUACUACCUGUAUCUGCAAAUAUAUUUUGCGCCUUCUUUGGUACCGUCCGGGUUCGUCGUCAAUGUCUUCUGCCUGCUGCUCAUUCAUUUAGUUGCUGCAGAGACUUAAUUUGAAAGCCAAUAUUAAAGCAGACAUGUGCCAGCGCCUGCCCUGGUUUCGGAAGCACUUGGCCUCCAUUAAACGUCUGUGUUUGAUAAGAUUGGGCUUACAGUCAGAAGGUUGUGAUUUACAAAAUGGAAUGGAAGUCGUCGUUGGCUUCCUAUCCAGGGGCAGUGAGCAUCUGUUAUCGAGGAGUAAUCAUCCCCCGCUUUAACCUGCAGCAUAUUUUACACACACAGCCUCCUAAUUGCUUUUAGAUUCUAGAGCUUGAUAUUUGCAGCUAAGAUUUUUUUUUUUCCACGCAUGUUUAAUGGGCCAUCUGGCCUGUACUGUACAGACUUAUGGCUUUAUAAAACAUUCUGUGCUGGAAAUGAGAUCUGAGGAGGAAGUGGACCAGCAGGCUUUUCAAGGGCAGUCCUUAAAGCACCCCAAAGCUACCUUUCUCCAACUUUUUCCCCUGGUCUUUCUCUCUACAAAUAUGUUUUUGUUUUUUUUUUUUCCUCUUUUUUUUUUUUGAUCUUUUUCUCGUAAAAUGCAUAAGACAAAGUAGGGACUACGUUGCCUUAUCUAUAUUAUUUUUUCUAUGCUUGCCAAAAAGUGGACACUUCCUUUGUCAAGUUUUUUAUUUUCCCACAAUACUUGCGUGCAUCACAUCCCUAGCCUAGAAUCUAGAGAUCAAGCCUCUGUGCUUUCCUGAGCGACGUUUGAAACCGUGGAUAUUUUGGGGGGACUUUCAGCCCAUGAAGGCAGCCAAUUAUUGUCACGGCCACGAUCCUUAAUAUGGCAGCGGCUUGGACCGAGAUCCGGCUUUGCAAAAGAGCCAAAAUAAAUGGGAAAAUUCCAGUGGCAAAAAAAUACAUGUGGGGAUAAUUAGGACUCAAAGGGGCAGUAAAAUAAAUUCGGGUUGGAAGGUGACAGAGCCGCUGUAAUCCUUCUGCCCCACAUUUCCUCCUUCAGCAGAUCACACUGCACCUUAGUGCUUUUUGAAAACUGCUGCAAUGAUAUUGGUUUUAAAAAUGUCAACAUGAAAAUGUUUUUAAAAACCAAAACCACAUCACUGUCUGGCUGAGAAUUAAAGGUGAACUCUCACUUCACUUGUCAAUUCAAUUUUUAUUUCACUUUUUUUCACAUCUUACAAAAACAUACUUGUUAAACACAGCGAUAAACAUAAUGUUUAAUAAGGCGAUUAAGUGACCUUUACUGCAAGAGAGAGGUUUCAAUAUGACAGUAGACAGCUGUAUCAGCCUCCUCCUCUGACCUAGUUACAAUUAGGCCUAGAGAGAUGUCUGGCCCAGUCUCAGAGUGGGAGAGAGUCUAGUAAUCUUAAAGAGAUACAACAAAGCUGUUUCACAAAUAGAAGACUCCCUUAACCAUCAGUCUCAGAUGAAGUAUCACAGUGUAUCUUUGUUCUGUGCUCACACCUUUCAACACUGUUUUUAUGAAACACAAUCCGUUUUGCAUCAUCCAAAAAGGUAUUUAUUCCCCUUGAGAAAUCCAACAUCAUGCACUAUAUCUUAAAUGUAUCCUUUGACAUUGGGAGCUAAUUUCUGGGUUUAUGAGAGGUGAAAUGUUGAUGGAAAUUAGUAAAGACUACGCUUAUUGACGUGCUCAUACUGCCAGUGAAUGCUGUAAAACUGGUGGAGGCACCACGCCAGUGACAAUCAAUAUCUACAUUCAGAAUGCAGUUAGAUAAUUUGCUUCUGACGGUUUCACAUCUCCAGGAAAGUGCCAGACUCGCUCAUCAGUUCCCCCGAGCCAGAUUCCAAACCCUUCGCUCCAUUACAAACACUCAGUGCAGCCAACUAGCUCAAUGCUAACCGUUUCAUUUACUCACACCAAGGUUGAAUAUCAGGAUUCCAAAUAGGUUAUAGCGAAAGAUGUAAUUUUAUUUCAAAAAAACAUUAAAAUCAGUACGUCUUAAAAUAAUCAAAUUUUAAUAAACCUCCUACAAAAGUAAAGGGGGAGAUAAGCUAAAUAAGUGUGUUUAGAAAUUAAAUAUGAUCAGCGUUUUAUUUGGCAACUGUUCUCCCCAUCCUAUUAUUAAGGCUGUUGUGCAGAAUAUAGCAACGUCCCACCAGACUCAUCAACUGUACGACCUUCUUCAUAUGAGGAUUCUUGAGUUGCAAUAAUAUCUGCAUGUGAUAUACAAUGUGAUGGUAGAAUAAUCGCUUUGGUUUGCAACCUGCAGCCAAAGCCUGAUCUUUCAAUUAGAACCUUGGCCAUCCAACUCUUUUUUUUUUUUUUUUGUUCUCAGAACCCUGACCUAGUGACAAGAUCUGAAAAACAAAAUUAACUAUCAGUACACACCCCAAAUAACCUCUCACUCUCUAAAAUGUGUGCUCACCACCAACACUAUCAAACUAAAUUACAAGUGAAUAUAGAAAAAUGAAGUAGAUCAAUCCCCAGGUCCAAAAUAUCUUAUGUAAUAUCACUGGAAAAACACAAGCAUAUACCACAUAUAGGGUAAAAUAGUACAAAACACCAAUCAAGUGCACGGUAAAUAAUGCACUUACAAGACAGCCAAAUAUAAUUGCUUUUUUUUUUACCCUUAGGGGUAUUUAUCUGGGCCAGAGAUUCUUGGUUAUAUUUCCAUAUAUAUAAUGGUUCCGGUAAAAUAAAGAGAACUACAAAAUAGUGCAAUAUCAUUUAAAAUCAAUAAAUGUAAUAAUAAUGGUUGCAUUUACAAGAAAAAUAUAAGAACAUGCACAUUGCCACUGGUAUGGUUUGCACUCCUGUAGUAGGCUUGUCAAUUCAUCCACCAAGCAUGGACUGUAGAAGUGGUUUAAAUAAAAUGAACAAAAAAUGAUUUAACAAAAUAAUCGCACAGUCCCAACUUUUCAUCUUAUGGCAAGACUUCCUCAGGGGUAGUCUUAUCAUAGGAUGGCUUACCAUAUGACAAAACGCAUUGGGACUCUGCUGAUGGAAGGGGUAAAACACUAGGAUACUGUUCGAGAAAGGGAAAGUCUGCGGGGAACUGGUAAAAGUCACUGGGAAUCGGGGUACAGGUAUCUGAAUGGAACAUAUGUCUAGGCUUGACUUGGGAGUGGGACUCUUCCAUUAUACAUUGUUUUUCAAGCCUGAACUGUCUUUUUAUCCAAAUAUACAUUGAGAAAGGGUUCACCUGUAAUUAUAACGAGUCUCUAUCUUAUUCUAGCUAUGAUGACUGUGUCGGGCACGGAGUCUCUGCAAUAUCUCUUCCUUCAGAUGAUCCUCCUCCAUACUCCUUGGAAGAUCCUUGCCUACAGUGUGAUUUAGACCUCAAUGUCUCCUCUGAAGAGAAUGCAGGCCUUCAACAGACCUCUGACACUUUGCCCUCAGAUGACUUCCAAGUUGUCCCAUCAUCUAGAACUUGGAACGUUGAGAUUGUGCACAUUCCCCUUACACCCAUGGACUCUGUUAAAGACGCCCCUCUACAGAAUCUUCCUCUUCCAGCUCCGAAUGUUUAACUCCGUUGAAUGGAUUGAUUCUACAGCAAUACACAAGCAACUUGUUUAGCAUAUCUGCUUCACACUGUAGAAAGAUGCAAUUUAUUUCACUUGCACUAGAUAAGAAACUGUAGUGUUUCGUUAACAGGAAGGAUGCGAGAUAACCCCACAAAAUUAAUAUUUAGAAUCAUCCACCAGGUGCGUCAACUCAAUUUUCUGCUCGUUCCAUUUGGUCGAAAACUGAGAAGUGCCAUUAGCGAUUGCCUAGCAAUAAAUAAUUACAAUAGCAUUGUACGUCAUCUUCUAUAAGUGUGCCUCAUUCAGGACUUGCGCGUAGCUAGGAGAAUACCUCACUAAUCUGUGGUAAUACUGUAUUGCAAAAAGUAUUAAAAUUUAUUUAUACUGAACUAGAAGCAAAAAAUAUUUUGUAUACUUAUUCACGAAUAUGACAGCUGAAGUAUAUUUGAGCACAACAGCCUCUGUCAACAUCAACUUGUGUGAGCAUUUGUGUUGAUUAUCAAGAAAUAUGUCCUGUCACCUCUUGCAAUGAUCUAGGCAACAAUUUGUCU